CGCAGUCAAAGCCGCCAUUUUAAGUUUGAUUUUUGACUCUGACGCACGUUGAGUUUUGCAAGAGUAACGAUUGAACGAUGGCACCAAUAAACAACAGGAACAACGAUCGUGGGGAUUCUGCAUCAGGAUCGGGAACCCAACGACGACGAAGCUUGAGUCCUGUGUCGAACAGGUCAUCGUCAACAAGCUCAGAUGAAGCUCCUGAUCAAGCGGGAAGGAAUCGCAAUCGCGCCAAUCGCAGAGAACGUCGCAGGGCUGCUAACGGACAACCAGAUCGUGCGCAUGCGCAAAGAGCUGCUGAUGACGAUACCACCAUAGUUAGAGUGAGACACGUUUGGGAUUUAAUCACCCUUAACAAUCUCCGCGAAAUGUAUCGCGGGGUCGAUUUCGUCUUAAGGAUUGUGAAACGCAAUAGACGUAAUGGCUAUUGCGAUCUUGAUUUCCACUUCAGAUCUCGCCAAGCUGCGGAGUGGUUUCUGUUGACGAUACGACGUGCUUGCGAAUUUUGCAAUAAUACGCGUAUGAUCGCUAACAUCCUCCCAUAAUCAUCAUUCACUACGUAAAAACGCCAGAGUCAAUUUAUGACGGCGUUCGAUUUGGCUUAAUCAAAAUUCUCUGUAUUUUUUUUUUAAUUUCGGCUAUUUUUUUAUUGAAAUAAAUUGAAGUGACCGUC